ACUUCUCCCAGACCCAACAGCGCUCAUCACCUCUGCGUUUGCUGCAUCCAUCAAGACCAAGAAAGCAAACCAUGUCCUCCAGGUUAUGGUGGCUUUUGUUCCUGCUGGACCACCAGGUGCUUUUGGCACAAAACACCAAUGAAGAAAAACGAAAUGGAAUAAGAAAACAGAAGCCCAAACCAUUCCUGUCAAAUGCAGUAGAAAAGUAUCCCAGUUCAAGUGACCAAGAUGAAGACUGCAUUCUGGAAAUGGCUUUUCUACUGGACAGUUCAGAAAGUGCCAAGAACUUCAAUCACGAACAGCAGAAAAAGUUUGUCUUGGAGACAGUAGACAGGAUGAAAGGACUACAGCUGAGCUCUGGCCGAACCCUCAGCUGGAGGACAGCCUUGCUGCAGUACAGCAGCACUGUCCUCAUAGAGCAAACCUUCAGAGACUGGAAGGGCCCGGAUGCAUUUAAAUCCCGUAUCGCUCCCAUAACGUACAUUGGCCAUGGCACCUACACCACUUAUGCCAUCACCAACCUCACACAGCUCUACAUGACUGAAGGGACUCAUGGUAGUGUGAAAGUAGCGGUGCUGUUGACAGAUGGAGUGGACCAUCCGAGAAACCCAGAUAUUUUUUCCGCUACUGCCGAUGCUAAACACCAAGGCAUCGUGUUCUUCACAGUGGGAAUGACCAGAGUGGCUGAGGAGGUGGCCAACGCCGCCAAGCUCCGACUUCUGGCCAGUGUGCCAGCAUCCAGGUUUGUCUUCAAUCUGCAAGAGAAAGGAGUUGUGGAGAGAAUUCUCAAAGAAAUGAAAGAACUGGCAGAAGAAGGGUGUCCCCAGCCUCCUAUAUGUAACUGUGUAAAAGGAGAAAGGGGUCUUCCUGGCCCUGCUGGUAAAAAGGGCCGUCCUGGUGAUGAUGGAGCUUCUGGUCCAAAGGGAGUGAAGGGGGAGCCAGGCCUAAAUGGAAUUCCAGGAAGAGACGGCGCGGAGGGAAAAUCUGGAUAUAAAGGAGAAAAGGGUGAAAGAGGUGAAUGUGGAACACCAGGAAUAAAAGGCGACAGAGGUCCAGAAGGCCCAGGUGGUCCAAGAGGUCUCCGUGGUGUCCAGGGUUCCCAAGGACUGCCUGGAGAUCAAGGGCCUGAAGGAGUACAAGGAUCAAAGGGUGAAAGAGGUCUGCCUGGCCCUGCUGGACUUACUGGAGAAACUGGAGUAGGAUUGCCUGGCCCCAAGGGUGACAUUGGCUUAACAGGAAGACCAGGUCCUAUUGGUCCACCAGGGGUUGGAGAACCAGGUUUGCCGGGGUCACAAGGACCACAAGGGAUUCAGGGAGAAAGAGGAUCGCCGGGAGAAGGGCUUCCAGGACCAAAGGGAGAUCGUGGCUUUGAUGGUCCAAAGGGACCUCGGGGCCAACCAGGCAUUGGCAUAAAGGGUGAAAAGGGUGAAAUUGGUCCGCCUGGUUUGCCUGGACCUAUUGGAUUACCUGGUGUUGGACUUCAAGGAGAGAAGGGAGUUGAAGGCCCCAAAGGACCACCAGGGCCAAGAGGGCCACCUGGACAGGGAUUACCCGGACCAAAGGGUGAUCAAGGCUUACCAGGAGAAACUGGAGCUCCGGGAGAAAGGGGUCUUGGAGAACCUGGAGCAAAGGGGGAACCAGGUUCUUCAGGAUUGGCAGGCCUUCCUGGCCUUCCAGGAGAAGAUGGAGCACCAGGACAAAAGGGAGAACCAGGAUUACCUGGCCCCCGUGGUCCAGAAGGUGCUCCUGGGAUUGGAAUACAGGGUGAAAAGGGUGAUCAAGGUCAAAGAGGUAUACGUGGAUUAUCAGGAUCAACUGGAGUGCCUGGACCUGCAGGGGCUAAAGGUGAACCUGGGACACCCGGACGUCUUGGAAUGCCAGGUCUUCCAGGGCGAGCCAUUACGGGACCAAAGGGUGAUAUUGGAUUACCAGGACCUCCUGGUCCAAUUGGAGAACAGGGAAUAGGGAUUCCUGGGGCUAAGGGUGAUCGUGGACAUCCAGGGCCACCUGGGCCAUUUGGACCAAAGGGAGAUGGGUAUCCUGGCCCACCUGGUCUGCCAGGUCUUCCAGGAGCUCCUGGGGAUCAAGGCCCUGAAGGGCUUGGAUUGCCUGGACCAAAGGGUGAUCCGGGCAUCAGAGGACCAACUGGUCUCCCAGGCCCACCAGGAGAAGGCUUCCCAGGGCCAAAAGGAAAUGUUGGGCGACAAGGACCACCUGGAGCCUUGGGACCUCCAGGUGAAGGUAUCCAAGGACCAAAGGGAGAGCAGGGAAUUCAAGGAAUGCCAGGACCUCGUGGGGCUCCUGGAGAAGGGCUUCUUGGACCAAAGGGUGACCGUGGAGCUGCAGGUGAAAGAGGAAGAAAGGGAGAGAAGGGCAACAUGGGUGAUCCUGGUUCAGCUGGAGAACCUGGCAAAACUGGACCAAAGGGCGAGGAAGGUCUAACAAGAGAAGAUAUAAUUAAAUUAAUUAAAGAGAUAUGUGGCUGCGGUAUCAAAUGCAAGGAGAUACCUAUGGAACUUGUGUUUGUGAUUGACAGCUCUGAAAGUGUUGGCCCAGAGAAUUUUGAAAUAAUCAAAGACUUUGUCACUGCUUUGGUAGACAGAGUGACUGUAGGUAGAAAUGCCACCAGAAUUGGCCUUGUCCUCUACAGUCUGGAGGUUCGGCUUGAAUUUGGACUUAAUAGGUAUACAACCCAACAGGAUGUAAAACAAGCAAUCAGGAAAAUGUUAUACAUGGGAGAAGGAACUUACACAGGCACUGCCAUCCGUAAAGCAACACAAGAAGGAUUUUUUGGGGCUCGAACUGGCGUGAGGAAAGUUGCCAUAGUCCUCACAGAUGGCCAAGCAGAUAAGAGAGAAGCCGUUAAGUUGGAUAUUGCUGUCCGAGAGGCUCAUGCAGCCAACAUUGAAAUGUAUGCAAUCGGAAUUGUAAACACUUCAGACCCAACACAAGUUGAAUUCUUACGUGAGCUGAAUCUCAUUGCAUCAGACCCUGACAGAGAGCAUAUGUAUCUCAUUGACGAUUUUAAUACUCUUCCAGCUUUGGAGUCCAAACUUGUUAACCAGUUUUGUGAGGAUGAACAUGGGGCCUUAAUAUAUAAUCGCAUUGGAAAUGGAGGAAGCAUAAAUGGACCGUCUAUUCACUCAAUAUCUUCUCAUUCUUCACAAUACUUACUGCACACUAACAGUCAUAAUGGACAGUCAGUUUCGCCAAAUGGAUAUGAAACACCAAAGAAAGAGAAUUCUAUAAAUCUUGGCCAGCUUUCUCAAUCAUUAAUUCCGGGCAAAGAAUCACCCAGGUUAUUUCAUGAGAAUUAUGAUGUGAAACCCGAUGAACUCCCAUCUUUGUCUCCUGUUAACAGCAAAGUUACUUCAGCAUUGCCUUCAUCAUCACCCCCGCCACCGUUGCCAACUCUAACAGCAGACAAAAUGCUCUCACCUUCUCAUUCAUCAGCUUCUUCCAUGCCGCCUACAUCAAAAUCAGAAAAUCUCCUGAGCCCUCCACAAUGUAAAUUAAGGUUAGAUCAAGGACCAUGCCGCACAUAUAUAAUAAAAUGGUACUAUGAUAAGCAAGCCAAUUCUUGUGCUCAGUUUUGGUAUGGUGGCUGCGAUGGAAAUGCUAAUCGCUUUGAGAGCGAAGAAGACUGUAAAAAGACCUGCGUACUUUUCUCUGGAGAUGUCUGAAGAAGGAUAUUAACAGACACCCACCAAGCAGCAUUCAAGAGAAAAGACUUUUUUAACCAAGAGGGGAGAGAUUUUAUAUAUCUGUAUUAAGAUCUUUUUGUAUUUUGUACUUGAUUAACAAGAGGAAAGAUUGCCAUCCCCAACUCUCUUAUUCUAGUGUAGUACUACUAAAGGCAAUGGAACAGUCUAUACCGUUUCCAAAACUGAGUGCUUAUGCACUUAAUAAGGCCACAUAGAUGUUGUGUGGGUUGUAUCCAGCGAUGUUGCUCAGUUGACACAGUAAGGCCUCCUGUCACUGGAAUGGGGAAGGAAAGCAGCCAUUAAAGCUGUUCCAGAGGGUUGGGGACCCUACAGAGCAGAUUUAGGAGGGCCUGGGGGAAAGGGGAAU